CCCCGAGUUUUUUUUUCUGAGUAUCUUCAGCAUUUAUGUUCUUCACAGAUCAGAACACCGCUGGGACUAGCUAGCAGAGUACAGAUCACAGCAUCCUUUUAUAACACAAAGCAUCGAUAAGAACCACUUAUAUUUGCGGGUUACAAUUAAUUCUUUUUCGUCCGAAUUCUUAAUUAUAUAGCAUUAUCCGGCACCGUAGUUCACCAUAGAAUUGCCUGCUGACAGUGUAACUCCAGACAGCUAUCCGAAGCGCCGCUGCUGAGCCGAGCCACGCCCCCUGCCAGCACACCGCCGAGUUCCGCCGGCGAGUCGGACCCCGGACCCGGCCGGCGCCGCACCGCCCCCAUCUUAGCGUACCCGGCUGCGAGCGCCAACGGCUUCCGCGUGGUACGAAUUUGGCGCCUUGUCUUCUGAUUGGUCCGUCGCCGUCGCCAAUCGAUAGGAGGUAAGCGCGAAGGAGUGGGGUGGGCGCAAAAGCGGCCAAUCAGCGAGGAGGUUCAUUCGGCAGAGACCCAAUAGCGAGGCGCCAUGGUGCUAUCCAAUGAGCGGGGCCUUACUGUGCGGGAGGUUAUAAAGAGACGGGGUGGAGACGUCCUCCCUUCGUCCCGCCGCAGAGCUCCUGAGGUUUCGGCGUGGUGCUCGGUCCGCUGUGAGGUGCCAUGUCUGGCCGAGGCAAGAGUGGCGGUAAGGCCCGAGCGAAGGCCAAGUCUCGUUCUUCCCGGGCCGGGCUGCAGUUUCCCGUUGGGCGUGUUCACCGGCUGCUGCGGCGCGGACAUUACGCGGAGCGGGUGGGCGCUGGUGCACCCGUUUAUCUGGCGGCCGUGCUGGAGUACCUGACGGCCGAGAUUCUGGAGCUGGCGGGCAACGCGGCCCGCGACAACAAGAAGACGCGCAUCAUCCCCCGCCACCUGCAGCUGGCGGUGCGCAACGACGAGGAGCUCAACAAGCUGCUGGGCGGUGUCACCAUCGCGCAAGGCGGUGUCCUGCCCAACAUCCAGGCCGUGCUGCUGCCCAAGAAGACGGGUGGCAGCGCCGCGAGCCCGGCCAAAGCCGGCAAGAAGGGCGGCGGGCAGCAGUCGCAGGAGUACUAGGCCGGGCUCUUCCCCUUCCUACCCCCCUUUCCCCCCCC